AUGUCGAGCGCCGACUUCCAUGGCAGCCACUUCAGCCUCGCUGAUCGCUCCUCCAGUAAUGGAUUUGCGGAACGUACCAUAGUCAUCUGCCUCAUAAGCAUUGCCUGGUAUAAUGCCUUGGAAUUGAUCGUUCUGUGUUUCACCACCUUCAAGCGAUAUGGCGGGUGCUACUUCUGGUGCCUCCUCAUCGCCUCCUUCAGCAUCAUCCCCUUUGGCCUGGGAUACCUCCUCAUUAUCUUCAAUAUCUACACCAAUCUGUUUCCGGUAGCGAUGGAGCUCAUCGCAUGGGUGGGCAUGGUAACCGGCCAAUCCCUAGUUCUUUGGUCUCGAUUGCAUCUCGUCUGCCACAAUCCUAGUGUCCUCCGCGCCACUCUCGUCAUGAUCAUUGUCGACGCGAUCAUCCUUCACAUCCCAGGCUCUGUCCUCGAACUCGGUAGCCACUCGAAUAAAUCCGCCCUCUUCACCACCGGGUUCAACAUCUUCGAGCGCAUCCAGUUGGUCGGCUUCUCCAUACAAGAAAUCAUCCUCUCUGUCAUCUACGCCUGGGAAGGCGUAAGACUCUUGAAUCUCCGCCCAAGAGGCCACUAUAGAGGCACGCUAGUCCAGCUCCUCAUCGUCAACAUUGCCAUGAUCCUCAUGGACGCGGCCGUCAUUGGAGCCCAGUAUUCCGGCCUGUUUGACAUCCACGUCACCCUCAAAGCAUUGGUCUAUAGCAUCAAGCUCAAACUGGAAUACGCGAUCCUGGGCAAACUGGUAGUUAUCACCGAAAUGGGUGGCAGCAACUCGGCUCCAACCGACCUGUCGGAAUUCGUGGAUCUCUCUUUCCACAACAAUGGCACGCCUCAGCUAGAGAGUGGCGCCCAGGCGAGUUUCCCAGAUAACCCAGAAUACGGAGGCCACACUCGUGUGCGAGUAUCCUCGAAAGGAUCAUCCACCGAUCCGCUAAGACGGAGUCUCUCCGCAAUAGCAACGCCGAGUUCGAAUAACUCGGAAUUUUGA